AUGCAUGAGCCUCCAAGUGAGCCAGGUCAGACACAGUCCCUUCGCCGUUCCAUUACCCUCCCAACCAAGUUAAACCCACUCGCGCAACGUCGCGCGAGUGUCCCGAAUACACCGGAACAUGUGAUUUUUUACCAUCCUUUUGCGAAAAUCGUGCAUUUUUCUCCAAGAGCGCUCGCCCCUAUUCCCUCUAGUACUACGCCAUCCGACUUCGACUACCCCGUUGACACCAUCGAAACACUGCCUUGGCGCUCUGCGACUGAACGAACGGUCGCAACAGCACCCUUGAGACUGGAGAAAAUCCAUGGCUCCACAGCCUUUCUGAAAUGUGGAAAUGUCGUCCAUGCGAUCCUUAAGAACUCGCAGUGUUGGUGCGUCGAUGGAGUGUCAAAAUUUGUUCUGCGCAUCCGCCCUCUUACAUACUACCGCAUUGAACUACCAUACGAAACAGACGACGAUAAGAGUUUGGUACAGGACUUGAAGAUUGCGUUGCCAACAGUCCUUCGAUAUGAGGUUACGCCAUGUCCUUUCAUGCGCGCUUUCAGUGUCGAGCUUCCUAGCGACGCGAUGGCGCCUCGGCGCAAAAAGGCAUGGCGACCGAAAGACCGGAAAGAAGGCGUACCAGGUGUUCUAGAGCCUUCGCGAGAGACGCCAUCUUCAUCUCCAGCCAGAUCUCCAGUCAGAUCUGAUUGGGUUGAUUCGCCAAGCACUGGAGAUGACACCGACGGUAACUUGACAGAUGACAGUUGCUUCACUUCGAACAAAGCCAAUAGCACAAUCCUGGAGACUAUCCCCGAUGACGGUGAAUCAUCUCCCAUCGAAACGUCAGGCCCUUCCGUAUAUCAUGGACCUCCUCGGCGCUCAGUGACCGAGAUCCCGCAGACAUUUACCAGCCUGCUCGCGAAGUUCGAGGCUACACCAAUCACAGAAGAUGAUCGUCUUUCUGUCCCUGACACAAAACCUGAAAGUGUAACGAGUACUGGCACUGCACCUAGUGAUGUUGCACCGCAGAUUGACCACCAAUCGAAGGCCACUACGAACCCACUCAAAGCUGAUCUUCCAGCCGACGACGCAGCCAAAGCCGCGCUUGAAUUUAAAGCGGCAGUGGAUACUGGUUUCACGACCGAAGACCAGCCUGCGACUGAGUCUGCACCCGAGCCUGAGGUUCUGUCACGACAGCGGUCAGACGAAGUCGCAGUGGAAGUAGAACGAGUUCUGGAGGCCGAAGGUCCACAGGAAGCUGCAUCACAAGGUGAACGUUCCACUGCAGUCGAGACCGACCAGCCCAUUGAAGAAAUUCCGCCCCAAAUGGCUCAGUCUACUGCUGGACUCUCAAUAGAGGUUGAUGACUAUGAUACUUCCUUUGCGUCCAGUCCUGAAUCAUUCCACUCUGCUGAGCCUCAGUCGCCAGAUUCAGUUUCGACCCAUCCCACAUCUGUGGGAGGCCAUGACCUGCCGGAAUCAAUGGAUACGUUCCAUCUUUGGAGCGCGAAAGAAUCAACGCCUGCGAGUCCACGCCAAGAAUCUGAGUACCAGAAACUCAAUGUUCCCCCGUUUGAUGACAUCCCAAGGACAACUGGGGAGCAAUACCCUCCGUCCAUGAACAUCCCAAGUUGCAAUAGUUCGCCCAAUCGCGCCCCGGAUGCCUUUUCGGAUACUUCGCCAUCGAUGAUUCGCACAAGUAAAGAGCCCCCACCCAGUUUUUCUAUAAGUGCACCUUCGGCCGUCAAGAUGCAUCAUCAGGCUUCAGCCAAGCCUCCUACAUCAAAUCCUGACUUUAACCACAUGACCACCGAAUUUCGGCGCCGGGCAAAAGCCACAAGAGAACGCGAAGUUUCUCCUAUGCCUCCUGCCUCGGCAUUGUACCAGCCCCCCGGGGAUGAUGCUUCAUCCUUCAUUUCUAAGGCCAUCACUUUAGUAUUAAUCCCUCCAGCGUAUCUUUUCAUCAUUCUCCUUCAUAUCGCUGCGCGCGUUGCUGUCAACCCAAACUCCCAGCCGACUAUCACUUCCACUCCGAGAAAGUCGGAUUCUCGUUCCCAGCACAGCAAGAAACCCUCAGUCGCAGUGGACGACUUCAGCUUUCCACUUGAGCCCCAGUCCUCUUCAGAGUAUGAGGAUGCCCAGGCAUGCAGAAAGCUCGACCCUUGGGAUCUCGACUAG